UAAAUACACACAAAUAACACUCCCUCAUAAACACACCCAUCUGACGACAUGAAGAUGCAAUCCAUCAAAGUUUUGCUUUUGAUCAAGCUCUUGACCCUGCAUUCCCUACUUGUACUCUCCGCAUCACAAGAUUUUGAUUUCUUCUACUUUGUUCAACAGUGGCCAGGAUCAUACUGUGACACGAAACAAGGUUGUUGCUACCCAAGCACCGGAAAACCGGAAUCAGACUUCGGAAUCCAUGGACUUUGGCCUAAUAGAAACGAUGGCUCCUAUCCCUCCAAUUGCGACUCUAGCACCCCUUUCGAUGCAUCCAAGAUUUCGGAUCUUACAAACCAAAUGCGGUCUGAUUGGCCAACUCUAUCGUGCCCAAGCAACAAUGGGCUAACAUUUUGGGGUCAUGAGUGGGACAAACAUGGGACUUGCUCGGAAUCUGUACUCAACCAACAUGCUUAUUUUGCAACCGCACUAAGUCUCAAGAACGAAAUUAAUCUCCUCCAAGCUCUUGAAAGGGCAGGAAUUCAACCAAAUGGGCAAAAGUAUAGUAUUAGUGACAUAAAAAGCGCGAUCAAAGGAGCGAGUGGUUACACUCCAUGGAUCGAGUGCAAUAAUGAUUCUUCGGGUAACAGUCAAUUGUACCAAAUCUACUUGUGUGUGGAUUCAUCGGCUUCGGGAUUCAUUGAAUGUCCAGUCUUUCCAAAUGGAAGUUGCGGUUCCUCUAUUGAGUUUCCUUCUUUCUAAAUUAGAUGUUCUCCUUUUCCAGAUGUAUGAAUUGUCUAUGUUUCUUUACCUUUGUGUUGAAUUUGUAUGUUUCAUAAUUUGUUUUUAUCAAUUUAUGCAAGAAUGACGAAUUGUGCAA